AUGGUGAUCAGUAUCCUGUCAAUUGGAAGCAUUGGCAAACAUAGACUCCCAUACAGAGAAUUCUGGCUCGAUACAACUUUCAUCCCUGUCUUGCUCAAUGGACUAUCAGCGGCCCAGAUUGAUACACUUUGCACAAAGUACUUGGAGUACUUCAUAACAUACAUUGCAAAUGGAGCUAGAAAUGAUAGUACAUGGAGUCAAAAUUUCAAGGUAUACACGAUCAUCACGGAUAUAGUUGGCCAGUCUAGAAUCUAUGAUGACAUUGAGCAAUGGUUGCCCAAGGUACUCCAGAAAAAUGACCAAGAGGGAGCUCAAAAGAACAAAGAUGAAUACUCUCAACAUUGCCAGUCAUUACUCAACUAUCUUCUACUGUCAUUGCCCAACGACAAGGACAACCGGAUCCGUGAAGUAAUUGGCAAACACAAGCAUCAGACGUUUGGUGCUAUCCUCAAAGUGAUGGACACAAGAUUCUCUAGUAAUAGUUGGUACUUAAGGGAGAAAGACACUGAUCACCUCAAGCAGUUAAUCAGCUUCACAAAGGUCAACGACUAUGAUACCAACAGUGACGCCAACACCCAUCAACGACAAGGGAUCAUGAAUCUAAUCAAGAGCCACAAGAUCCAGUAUACGAAUAAGAUAUUCGAAUUCCUGCAGCACCACCUUCAGCCAAUCGAUCAAUAUUGUGGCAUACUCUUCCAAUAUCUCAACAUUUUUAAGAUGAUGGAAUUGAUCAAACUCAUGGGCCACUUGUAA